UUAACGUAAAUACUUUGUGCAUAAAUAUUUAUUUUUAUAUUAAUAUAACUGAUAAGUGCAUUGAUAUAGAUAAGCUCAAGGUUUUGUGUACGGUGAGAACAAAACAAUUGGUAAUCGUGUAGCGAGUAAUCAGUUGUUUUACUGCGUCGAAUAACGCCGGCUGUCAGCUGUAUCGUGCUCAAGUGCUUAGAUAACCUGUGAUGAUGUUUACGAGUAUGUAAGUUGUUUUAAAGUGAACUUUAGUGAAGAGUUAAAGAUGACAAGAUCUAGCUACCGUCCACUUGUGCCCCGAUCUUCAAACAACUCGUUGGAGACAAGAGAAACAGAGUGUUUCUCGAGCUUCAAUGACUUGCAACCAGCGGAGGCUAACCACCAAGAAAUACCACCGAAAACGACAUACAGGACAACGUCGCCGCCGGGCGAGCCACUGGUGGUGGGCGGCAAGCCGCGAUGCCCACCUGCGCUCUCACGGCUGCGCGUCGAGCGCGUCGAAGGCGGCCUGGCAGUGGCUGGCGUAGUCGUCGCCGCCAACUGCCAGAUCAUCCUGCCCAUCUUCGGCUUCCUCUUCAUGCUUGUCGGCUGUGUACUCACCGCGGCAUCAUACCGCGGCUGUGGUGAGAACGAGGAGCCUGACCACUACGCGGCGCGCAUUGCAUUCACCGGCAACUCACGCGUUCUCGGCCCUGUAUGCAUUGUCGCCGGUGCACUCAUGACCAUCGCAGGUAUAGUCCUGUGCAUGUUGAUGCGCGCGGCACAACGCCGGCAGCGUCGCCUAGCGUUCCACUGCCCCAUACACGGAGACUUCUACCCGCUCAGUCCGCAGAACAGUAGGAAGUACUCUCGUAGCCCACGAGGGCUGUGGCUGCGCGUGCGCACGUGGCUGGGACUGGCGGCGGAGUGCGGGCCGGCGCGCUGCCCGCGCUCCGCCGAGCCCGCCUCGCCAGCGCGCGCCGACGCCCCAUGCCCACCACCUUUGCCUUUCCUGGUGCCGUCCGAUUCUGUCGUAGGGAUGGCAUCGGUGCUGGGUGCCCCGCUCAGCCCUGAGCAGACGUUCGGCUCAAUCAAGUCACUGGCGAUAUCGCGUGAAGUUGCCAGCUUUCCGUUAUCACGCUCGCCCACUCCGCCACCGUUAAGCUGCCCGCCAUUUAAAGACGAAACGAAGAAUUUUGAGAGCAUACCGAACGCGGUGACUCCGCGGCCAGACCUCGAGAGCGGCGCCCCGGCCUUCAGCUACCGCGUGGUCGAGUGCAAGAUGACCACUGCUGAGGAGGUGCAUCGCGCCCCGACCACCGCUCGCAGCGCCCCCGCAGCCCCCACAGCCCCCGGCAACGCCUCACAUGAUAGGCAGAGACCCAACACAGUGGCCGUCAUACCACACGACGGCAAGGGUUAACACUAAUUAAAACCAUAGACUUUUUGUUCAAAGUGUCAAUACUGAGGUUGGAGCGCUGUACAAACAAUCGGAAUGUGGUAUAAUGUGAAACAAUUUAUUAUUGUGCCCCCUUUUGUACAAAAAAUGUGCUACAAA